AUGGCUCCCCCAUCCAUCACUCUUGACCGCAUCCUUGCUCCCGUCCCCGUCACCACCCGGGGCCAGCCUACGCAGCUGUCGGUCGACUCCAAGGGCCAGCGGAUAGCUUACCCUUGCGGAAAGUCCAUCUUCGUUCGCUCCAUCGACGACCCCUCCGACUGCAAAGAGUACACCGGCCACACCGCCCCCACCACCAUCGCCCGAUUCUCUCCCAACGGCUUCAAGGUUGCCAGUGGCGAUGCCACCGGUAUGCUGAAGGUGUGGGAGCCUGAGAACAUUGGCAACACAAGAGGAGAGUACGGCAUCAUCGGCGGUCGCCUUAAUGACAUCGCCUGGGAUGGCGAGUCCCAGCGCAUCAUUGCCGUCGGUGACGGCCGGGAGCAGUUUGGACGUUGCAUCACGGCUGAUAGUGGAAACUCCGUGGGCGAGAUCCUCGGACACUCCAAGUCGGUCAAUGCUGUUGCCAUGAAGGCCCAGAGGCCCUUCCGCGCCGCCACGGUCGGCGACGACGGCAACAUGGUUUUCUAUCACGGAGCCCCUUACAAGUUCAACACCAAGAGCAACCAGCACACCGGCUUCGUCCUUGGAGCGGCCUACUCACCCGACGGAAGCACCCUGGUUACGGUUGGUGCCGACAAGCGGAUACAGCUCUACGACGGAAAGACUGGUGAGCCAACCAAGGAUAUUGGCCAAGGGGAACAUACCGGAAGCAUCUUUUCUGUCUCGUGGUCCCAAGACAGCAAGAAGUUUGUGACCGCCAGCGCUGACCAAACGGUCAAGCUCUGGGAUGUCGAUGCGGGUACCGUCAUCCAAACCUGGAAGUUUGGAGACGGUGUCAGUGUCCCUGACCAACAGCUCGGCGUUGUGUAUCCUCACGGUCGAACUGAUGGCCUUAUUAUUAGCGUGAACCUCGACGGCAACCUCUCAUACCUCGUCGAGGGCAAGGCAGAUCCCAUCAAAGUGGUUCAAGGACAUGGAAAGGCCAUCACUGCGCUUAGUGCUGGAUCCGACGGCAAGGGAACCGACAUUUGGUCCGGUAGCUUCGACGGCCGGGUUUGCCAUUGGGAUGUGAAGAAUGGCGUCGCUACUGUGGUUGAUGGGCAGGCGCACACCAACAACGUCGCACAGUUUGCGACCGCUUCUGGGAAAGCAUACAGCACUGCUUGGGAUGAUACUCUGAAGAUCAUUGACGAGUCCGCUAAAACCUUCCUGGGGACAUCCGUCAAGCUACCCGCGCAACCCAAGGGUAUCAGCGCCUCUGGCGGACUCGUCUAUGUUGCUACUUACUCGGGAGUGUCAGUGUACUCCAACGACAAGCUCGUGAAGGAGCACUCUCUGGAAUAUACCCCCGGUGCUAUCGCGGCAUUCGGUUCAUAUGUGGCUAUCGGCGCCGACGAAAACUCAGUGCGCAUUUACAAGACCGACUCCAGCGGUAACCUUGAGCAGACCCAGGCGCUGGCUAACCCAUCCGGCACCAUCUCGGCACUGGCAUUCUCCAAGGAUGGUGCUCAUCUGGCUGCUGGAAACAGCGUUGGCAAGAUUUACGUCUACCAGACUGGAACCUGGGAACUCGUGGCGGACCGCUGGUCGGCUCACACUGCCCGAGUGACCGCUAUUGCCUGGGACGACACCGGUGCCUACGCGGCGAGUGGUAGUCUGGAUACCAAUGUUUUCGUGUGGUGCCUGGAGAAGAAGAACCAAGGAAAGCGGAUCAAGGCCCCCAAUGCCCACAAAGACGGUGUCAAUGGAAUUUGCUGGGUUGACGGUGGAAAGGUGGCGAGUGCAGGCGGUGAUGUGACGGUCAAGCUGUGGAAUGUUGAGAACCUGCCUUGA